CAUAUCGGUUUGCACCACCGAACAGCCGACCUUCUCCUACUCAUCUGCAAUUAUGCCCAAAGGCUCUCUCUCUCUCUCACAAUAAUUACAGUUACUGUUGACAAUGAGAUUCCGGGGUUUUAUUAUGACCCAGAGAAGAAUAGGUACUUUCCUUGCAAAGGGCCCAUUCCAGGUUCUUCUUCUAAACCUCCGAUACCUCCUCCAUCAGACGACAGAAAGGCUGAUGAUGGCUUAUGUAAAAGAUUUAAAUUAAGACCGGAGCUGCUUAAAGCACGAGAGUUGUGUGGCGACGUAGUUUCUUUUGGAAAAAGGAAAUUAAACUUUCAAGCUGAAUAUCGAAAGAGACAUGUAUCACAGCCAGUGGUAUGGAAAUAUAGAGGGACAAAAAGGAUGGCAAACAUAUCAUUGGAACAUGGUGUCGCCGAUGUGAUAUUGCCAGAUGGCGUUGUGGAAAGUGAUAUAUUGUUGAGUGGUGGGAUGAUUGGCUUACUUGUUUUCCAAGUUGGGAAGAAUCGACAAGAAUUCGGUUCUACCAGAAUCUACAAAGUAGAUUCUGUAUGGCCUCACAAUUCAGAUCAGAUGCCCAGGCACAAAGAGUUAUUGAGACAUCUUGGGGGUUAUCGUGGAGCAGGGCAACCAAUGUCAUCUGAUGUAUCUUGUGUAGUUGCGUCAAGGAAUAGUUCUCAGCAGACAGAUGAUACAAUGUCGAAACAUUUUGUGUAUCCUUUUAGAUCUAAUGUUUAAUGAGUAAUAGUGAAACUGUCUUCAAUGAAAGCGCCAGUUUACUUAUGCAAGCAUAUCACAUUUUGAGAACUAAUAUUUUUUCUAAUGUUAGUGGAGAAAAUAUUUUGUAUGAUGUUCAGUGUAAAAAGCCUAUUAAUAAGUAAAAACUAUUACUUAGGUUUUCCAAUUUCCAUCAUGGUGGUUAUUGUAUGGUCCUUUCUAUGUUUUGGAGUUAGAUUGAUCGUGAUAUUUUGUGCUUCUUUAUUGCAAAUUUUAUAUGUUAAAGUUGUGACCUUUAACAUAAGAAACAGGAUAACAACACUGGGCAGCGCUGAUACUCCCGGAUGUGUCUAUGUUCUAGACUUAAGUAAACCACUAGAUUUUUCCACCAUUUCUCCCAUAGAUGGUGGAUUUAAUGGGAUUUGUCAAUUUAACCAGACAAUUUGGACAGCUGACUGUGACCCUAAAGGAACACAUGCUGCAAUUGGGGAGUUGAAUUGCUCAAUAUUGAGACUAAAGUAUUAUGGUCGCUUCGCUACAAAAGUGAUGUAUUGUCUAUGCAGUUUGAUCAGUCUGGGAAUUCCAUUCUUUGUGGACUGAGAAAUGGAGAUAUUUUGACAGUUGAUACUCGGCAAAAACCAAUAAGGAUUGCAGGAAGCUCUCGGAAAGUGUCGAUGCCUUCAUCUGUUUGUUGGUUUGUAGGCUUUCUAGUCGAUAGUUCUGCUCCCGCUAGUGGAUUAGUUGAUUAUAUUACGUAAAGCUCUUGUAGAUUGUACUCACAUUUUAUUUUGGAUGUUAGUUUGGCGUCACUAAAGCUUUGGGAUCAGUACUUCUUGGCUAGUUCCAUGGAUGGGUCGAUUAAGCUGUAUGAUCAUCGCCUGAUGCAGAGAGGAGCAGUGCAAAGUUAUGAAGGCAAUGUGAAUUCUCAUACCCGCAUACGACUUGGAGUAGACCCAUCGGAGAAAGUUGUCAUGUCAGGUGGAGAGGACUGUAGCCUCCGUGCGUGGGAUAUAAAGUCGGGUGAGAUGCUCUUCAACGAGCAAUUUAUGGGUUCUGUUCCCUCAGCUGUGUGCUGGCCCAAAAGUCGAGGAGGGAAAGACCAUAGUUUGGGUGCAUGGGUUGGAUCAUAUGAAGGCGUCUUUUACAUGGAUUGGCUCUGAUUUUACUAUUCUGAAUUCCGAACGAAUGCUGCCAGUGCGUGACAGGUGGUGGUCUGCUUCCGCUCUCGUCUGAUAUAUAUAUUUGUAUACUCCAUCUUUUGUGGUGGAAUGUGGAAAUGUAAUGGCAGAUGAUUGAGAAUAAUGUUACUGAAUGCACACUUGAAAUAUUAUGAUUUCCAAUCCCUACUCACAAUUCAUUUUCUGUUGUUUGAAAGUACAGCUAUUGUGUAUAGUUUUUGCAAGGAAAUUACACAGAUCAAAGAAGAUACCAUAACAAAUAAAUUGGGGAUUGUAGUGCUUGUUUUCUGAGAUUGAACAGCCAGAGUUUCAGCUAAAUGAUGUAUAGAGAAGUAUUCAAAACUAUUUAUCCAGGAUAUAUGAGUAAUGAGAUGUGGUAGGUGGAAAUAAUAUAAAAAUGGGUAAUAUUCUUUUGUGAUCGAG